GAUGACUGCUCAAGACUACCUCAACGGAAAGCUGGCGGCUGCCAAUGGACCUCUGGCCGAUGACUGGAAGAAUCUCAAGGAGCUCUGGGAGAAAAAGCUCUGGCAUCAACUAACGGUUCUGACACGAUCCCUUGUGAAGAAGCCACAAUUUGUGGCUUCAACGGACAUGCACGAAUUCUACAGACUGUUCGUGGCGGAGUGGGAGCUGCGUGUCAACCCUCUUCAGCUCGUCGAGAUUUGCAUUUCGAUCGCCCAAAAUAUCGCGACAAAGGACAAGCAAAAAUCUAUGGAAUUCCUGUCAAAAAUUGGAAACGUCAUCAACAAGGACAAGAUUGCCGUUGCUCGACUUCAUACCGGAGAGAUUGAAGCCAGACUGGAGAACAAGGACAAAAAUGGACAGAUUAUUGAUCUGAAGAGCAUUCGAACUCAAAUCGAUUCGACACAACACGAAGUGGACUCACUUGUCGGAGUUACAGAAGUUCAUGCCCCGUUCUACCGCGUCUCAUCUUUAUAUCUUCGUGAAGUUGGAGACUUCGCUGGAUAUUAUCGCGAAGCUCUUCGUUAUCUUGGAGUUGAGGACGCCAAUAAUCUGACAACAGAACAGAAGCAAGUCCAUGCGGUUCUUCUCGGUUUCGCUGCUCUUCUGGGAGAAAACGUGCACAACUUCGGAGAAUUGCUUGCUCACCCCAUCCUCAAAUCGCUCGAAGGAACUCGUGAACGCUGGAUCGUGGACGUGCUUCUUGCCUUCAAUUCGGGAGAUUUGACGCGCUUCUUCUCGCUCGAAGGAGAUUGGGGAGGCUGGGACGAUUUGAAGAAGCAAAAGGAUUUCCUGACUGCCAAAAUCCGUCUGAUGGCUGUCAUGGAACUUGCAGUCUCUCGUCCAACCAAAGCCAGAAGCGUUUCAUUCAAAGAAAUCGCCACGAAGUGCCAGAUCCCAUUCGACGAAGUUGAGUUCUUGGUGAUGAAGGCGUUGAGCAAGGAUCUCAUUCGUGGAGAUAUCAAUCAAGUUGAGCAAGUUGUCUACGUGACAUGGGUGCAGCCAAGAGUUUUAGAUAAUCCUCAGAUAAUGCAAAUGGCGACUCGCAUUUCCGCAUGGAGGAACGAUGUCAACUCCAUGGAAGGAAUCGUCAGCAAAGAGGCACGCGAGAUUCUCACUCAAAAUUAAAUCAUCUCAUUUCUUUAAUUUAUUUUCUCCAUGCUCCCCCAUCCCAAUCCCGGAAUCCUCUAUUUUUAUAAUUACACUGCUACGUGUAUUCUACAAUUUCAAGAUCGUUCAGUCUUCUUUCUGUGUGUAUUUAUUUGAAUUCAUAAAUUAAUCGACUGUG